UAGUCAUGGCUAAUAAUUGCGUUAUAACAUUUGAUCAAAAUGAAUACGGGACAUAUUUUACGGGACAAUUAUUAACGGGAAAAGUUAUAUUAACCCUAAAUAAACCGAAAAAAUUUAAAGGAAUUAAAUUACAAAUUUGUGGUUAUGCCCAAUGUCAAUGGCGCGAACGACAUGGCCGCAAGAAACCAAUCUACAAAUCAAAUUUAAAACGUAAACAUGUCUAUCAUGGUCACGAAGAUUAUAUAGCGUCGACCACAUUUCUAGUUGGUUCAGAGGAUGGCUCCAAUUUUACUAUAGACUCGGGCACACACACAUAUUCGUUUGCUUGUCCCAUACCCGUGAACUGUCCAUCAUCGUUUGAGGGUGCCUACGGACAUGUUCGUUAUAUGGUUAAGGUUACAACCAUCCGAUCGGGUACUUCAAAUCGAACAUACAGUAAGGGGUUUACGGUAUUGAAAAUGAUGGAUCUUAAUCGUGAAACGGAACUAUUGAAGAGUCCAGCUUACAAUGAAAGUAUGGAAAGCUUUUGUUUCUUCACAUCUCAAACUGUACGCUUGCGUGUUGAUCUCAUGCAAACGGGCUACGUGCCGGGUCAAAUGAUUUUGGUUAGUUCACAUAUUCAAAAUAACACCAGUGCCGAUGUAAAGAAACUGAUGAUAUGCCUAAAUCUUCGUGCCACUUAUGUCUCGGAUACACCCUGUAUGAAAACAUCCAGCGAAAAACUGUGUUUGGUGAAAAAAUAUUGCGGCACUGUGCCACGUCAUAGUGAACGAGAUUAUGCCGAAGUUAUUCGUGUCCCAGCCACACCACCCACCUGUGAUCAUCUGAGUAAAGUUGUACGCAUUUCCUAUGAAAUUUGCGUAGUGGCCAUAAUGAAUCAUCUGAUGCGUAAUCCCAAAUCGGUUAUCCCCAUUACAAUUGGUAAUGUUCCCUUGGUUACUCCCAGUGCUGCCGUUGCUCAGCCCAAUAUUGAUGAUGUGCCGACAACAUCAUCCUGUGCCAUGCAAAGAGCCAACGGAAAUGAUCAUAGUUUGUUGAGUGAGGAAACUGAAAUAGAUUUUGAAUUGCCUCCUCCCACCUAUGAAGAAGCCAUGUAUAUGACCACCAAUAUUGCUGAUGAUGACGAUGUGAAUACGGUUAGUGAGCAGGCUCAGUUUACACCACGUUAUCCGGUCUUUGAUGUCGACGAUGUGGUUAUUCCCUCUAUGGGUCAGACACCGCCACCAAAUCCACCCAUAAAAAAGAAGAAGAAGAAAAAGAGAAUUAAUCCUCAAAUGGAAAAUAUCGAAAAGGAAAAGCCACCACGAGAGUCGCCAGUAGAAAUAUAA